UCAGCUGAAGUAAACACAGAGGCCUUUUGCAUUUCCUGAGUUCAAAAAGGCAGGAGGCAGCACCAUGAGGCUGUGGUUGAGAGGCCUGCUUCUCCAGACCCUGAGGAGCUCUCGAGGAUUCUGUGGGCCCCCGGGGCAGCCGCCACCUCCGCUUGCCUCUCAGAAGAUCGUGGCUACCUGGGAAGCCAUCAGUCUGGGGAGGCAGCCGGUGCCUGAGUACUUCAACUUCGCCCAUGACGUGCUGGACGUGUGGAGCCAGAUGGAAAAGGCUGGGCACCGGCCCCCAAAUCCUGCAUUCUGGUGGAUUGAUGGCAAGGGAGCAGAGGUCAGGUGGAGUUUUGAGGAGCUGGGGAGGCAGUCCAGGAAGGCGGCCAACGUGCUGGGGGGCGUGUGUGGCCUGCAGCCUGGGGACAGAAUGAUGCUGGUUCUCCCUCGGAUCCCAGAGUGGUGGCUGGUGAGCGUGGCAUGUAUGCGGACAGGGGCCGUGAUGAUCCCUGGUGUCACUCAGCUGACAGAGAAGGACCUCAAGUACCGGCUGCAGGCGUCCAGGGCCAAAACCAUCAUCACCAGUGACUCCCUGGCUCCGCGGGUGGACGCCAUUAGCGCCGACUGCCCCUCCCUCCAGACCAAGCUGCUGGUGUCAGACAGCAGUCGGCCAGGCUGGAUAGACUUCAGGGAACAUCUCCAAGAGGCAUCUGCAGAGCACACCUGCGUGAGGACCAAGAGUCAAGAUCCACUGGCCAUCUACUUUACCAGUGGCACCACCGGAGCCCCCAAGAUGGUCGAGCACUCCCAGUGCAGCUAUGGUCUGGGUUUUGUGGCCAGUGGAAGGCGGUGGGUGGCCUUGACUGAAUCAGACAUCUUCUGGAACAUGACAGACACUGGCUGGGUGAAGGCGGCCUGGACCUUCUUCUCUGCCUGGCCCAAUGGGUCUUGUAUCUUUGUGCAUGAGCUGCCCCAUGUUGAUGCCAAAGUUAUCCUGAAUACUGUCUCCCAGUUCCCGAUCACCACCCUCUGCUGUGUCCCCACCAUCUUCCGGCUGCUUGUGCAGGAGGAUUUGACCAGGUACCAGUUCCAGAGUCUGAGGCACUGUUUGACCGGAGGAGAGGCCCUCAAUCCUAACGUGAGGGAGAAGUGGAAGAGCCAGACGGGCCUGGAGCUGCAUGAAGGUUACGGCCAGUCUGAAACAGUUCUAAUCUGUGCCAAUCCAAGAGGCAUGAAAAUCAAGUCUGGAUCCAUGGGGAAAGCAUCCCCACCUUACGAUGUGCAGAUUGUGGAUGACAAGGGUAAUGCCCUGCCUCCAGGAGAAGAGGGGAAUAUUGCUGUUCGCAUCAGACCUACCCGGCCCUUCUGUUUCUUCAGCUGCUAUUUGGACAAUCCUGAGAAGACAGCUGCCUCUGAACAAGGGAGCUUUUACAUCACAGGGGACCGAGGCCACAUGGAUGAGGAUGGCUACUUUUGGUUCGUGGGAAGAAAUGACGACGUGAUCAAUUCCUCAAGCUACCGGAUUGGGCCAGUUGAAGUAGAAAGUGCCCUCGCUGAGCACCAGGCUGUCCUGGAGUCUGCUGUGGUCAGCAGUCCGGACCCCAUCAGAGGGGAGGUCGUAAAGGCAUUUGUAGUCCUUUCUCCAGCCUACUCCUCUUGUGAUCCAGAGGAACUAACCCGGGAACUCCAGGAGCAUGUGAAAAGGGUGACGGCUCCAUACAAAUAUCCCAGGAAGGUGGCCUUUGUUUCAGAACUGCCAAAGACGGUUUCUGGAAAGAUCCAAAGGAGUAUAUUGAGACGUCAAGAGUGGGGAAAAUGA